AUGAAAAACAACCAACAUGCCCCAGCUGCGGGCUGGGCGGUUCAGAGUGCACUUGGACUAUGCAAAUCACUCGAGUCGAGGAUUCACCGGAACCGUAUGUUUGAUCAGUUUGAUAGCCAAGUGAUGCUUAUCAGUGCAAGUAGAGAUCCCAAUGAGGCUGAGUCUUCACGAGUCGAUGGGCGCGUCGAGACAGCUGAAGGCAGCUCCGAACGACUUCCACUCGAAAAGGUUAUCACUGAACUUAAGGACUUCGAGAGGCAACAGAGAGUGCGCCUCUUUCAAGAGGAUGAUGUAGAGAUGGACUGCACCGAAGAUGAACCAUUCAGUUUCAGCACUGUGACUCCAAUAUACCCAGAGGAGGGAUAUGAACCGUAUGAUCCCGGCACUCCCGACAUGGAGGACGAAGAUCCGAAAUACCCGGAAGGCAACAAAGGUCAUGAGCUCUCCAGAUCGGCCAGAUCGGCCAGAUAUCUAAAGCAUGAUUGUCCACCGUCAGUCUCUAAUCUACCGCUAGACUAUCACCAGUUGGACCAGGACAUUAUUAUCGAUGCCUACUUCGAUGGUGUCAACCCAGCCACGCCACUAUUCAGUCAACGUGACUAUGAGCACUUUGAAAAAGAGUGUAGAGAACCGGAUACUGACUCAAAACGGGCCGGACUUGUGCACGCCAAAGCUGUCAAGGUGGUCUAUGGCCUAGGGUUGCAUAAGUGGUACGGGGACUUCGCUAAAUUGUCUUCUGUCCGCUUUGUCUGGAUAGCGUACAUCAUGGACCGAGAGCUUUCACUUCUCACAAGACAGCCAUACUUGAUGCAAGAGCAUGAUAUUGGUUCUUCAGUCACAGAGAUUUCCUACGAUCAUGGGGGUAUUUUACACAACGAAGACAAGUCCCUGCACUUUAAGAUACUCCAGUUCCGUGCUGAACUAGCGACUAUCCAAGGCAAGAUCUUCGACUUGGUGUACUCAGUUCGCGCUUCGCAACUCUCUUUCGAUCAGCGAGAAACCGUGGCGGAUCGUUUGGACGAGAUGCUGGAGAAAUGGGUUGAGUCCAUCCCUGUGCCAUUCAGGGGAGAUACACUCCCAGGUUUCGGCCAAAAACAGCUGAGGCUCAUCAAACAACUACAUGUGACGUACUAUCACUGUAUCUUUUCUGUUCGGCAGGCGACUCUAUGCAAUCGAAAAUACUCCAUUGCUGCCAUCGAACUGCCCUGGUUUAGUCACAGCUGCACGGAAGUGCUUGGACAUAGUCAGCAAGGUGUCCAGCCGCGACAUGGCAUUUCGCUGGUAAGACGAGCUAUACACUCACUAUACCGUUCUACAACUGACAAUGUCAAGGAGCUGUAG